AUGUCAAGUAAAAGUGAUCUUAUCAGCUUAACUCCGUUUUUAGACGAUAACAAGAUUAUUAGGGUGCGAGGUCGUUUACAGCACGCGAAAAUUCCUUACCGUGAAAAGCAUCCGAUCAUUAUACCGAAAAAUCAUCGUUUUACGCAGCUACUAAUUGAUUUUGCUCAUCAAUCAACACUCCAUGGGGGGAUUCAACUUACCUCAGCAUUUCUUCGCAAACGCUUUUGGAUAAUUCAUGCUCGCAAAACAAUCGCAGCUAAAAUUAAAAAAUGCAUCGUCUGCUUCCGUCAAAGACCGCAAUGUUCGACACAGCUAAUGGGAGAUUUACCAGAACCAAGAGUUACAACAAACGUUCGUCCAUUUUCGGCUACGGGUGUUGAUUACACAGGAGCCAUUGAACUCAAAGCAUCACGUUAUCGCGGGCAUACCACAUACAAAGGCUACAUUGCCCUUUUUAUUUGUUUAGGAACUAAAGCUGUGCAUUUCGAAGCCGUUUCUGGUAUGUCAACUUAUGAUUUUUUAUGCGCCCUGCAACGUUUUAUUGGUCGCCGCGGUCUUUGUCAUGAUAUGUAUAGCGAUUGCGACACAAACUUUAUGGGUACUGACAAGGUACUUAAAAUACAAGCACAAAAAUUUCGUGAGUCACUUCAAAGUGAUAUCGUACCAUUUUUGGCUAGCAAGGGCAUCCAAUGGCAUUUUAAUCCGCCACAUUCGCCAAAUUUUGGGGGAUUAUGGGAAGCAAAUGUAAAGGCACUAAAACAUCAUUUGAAACGUAUUUGCAAUGGUACACCGCUCACAUUUGAAGAACUAUCCACAGUACUGGCAAGAAUUGAGUCGUGCCUAAAUUCUCGACCGCUGUGCGGGUUAACAACAGACAGUGACGACCUAGCCGUAUUAACCCCUGGCCAUUUUCUGAUCGGCGAUUCAUUACUUGCUCCACCUGAACCAGCUGUUUUGGAUGUCUCGCCUACUCGACAAUAUUUUAAAUUACCACGACAACUUCAACAAUUUUGGAAGCGCUGGUCUUCAGAUUGGCUUAGUCAUUUACAAUCGCGACCCAAGUGGUGCAAUCAACAACCUAACUUGAGAGUAAAUGACCUCGUCAUCGUGAAAGACGAUCGUUUACCACCGAAUCAAUGGCUACUUGGAAGAAUCGUCGAUACUCAUACCGGAAGCGAUGACUUGGUGUGUGUUGUUACCGUUCGUACCAAAAAUGGAAAUUAUAAACGUUGCGUGUCGAAGAUUUCUCGUCUACCUAUCGAUACACCUUAUGAGCACUCAAUGUAG